GAAUACCUAGCCGAGAGGCACUGGCUCUAUUUGCAUAUAAGUGCCUCUUUCUUUAACAGAGCACGAGACAACUAGGCAUUGGGCACUUUGCAGCUUUUGACUGUCUCGAGGUCCAAAACAUGGUCCACUUUAGCAGCGUGGACAGCCGCAUCUGGCUUGCUGGCGCAGGCUUGCUGCUGCUCUCAUUUGGAUAUGCGCUGUACCAAAUCGGCCAGAAGCCGACGUCCCAGGUGCCCGGGCCGUGGUACACGAAAUACACGAGCCUGGUUCUCAAGUACCACUUGCUGAGCGGCGAUCAGCCGAAAUACGUCCACCGCCUGCACAACAAAUACGGCGACACGGUCCGCGUUGCGCCAGACGAGGUCUACGUCACAGACCUAGCGGCAGUGAAGGAAAUCUACAGUGUCAAGGAAGUGUUCCGCAAGACGAAAUGGUACACGGACCUGACGACAAACGAGAGCCACAACCUGUUCAACACCAACAACAUCGAGCUGCACCGCAAGUACCGCCGGCUCCUCUCCGGGCCCAUGUCCGAGACGUCGCUCAAAGCCGUGCUGCCUCUCGUCGAAAGCCGCGUCAGCCUGACUAUCCAACGCAUGGGAGAAGAGAUGCAGAAGACGGGCGCCGCAGACGUCUUUAAGUGGUGGCUAUUUAUGGCGACCGACAUCAUUGGCGAGCUAGCCUUUGGCAGCUCGUUUCAGACCCUGGAGCAAGGCAAGAAAAACGAAUACACCAGAAGCCUCGAGGAGAUCGCGCCCCUCAGUGCCCUCCGCUCCGUGGCCCCGUCUCUCGCGCGGCUGACCAUCGUCCCCGUGCCGCUAUUCAAGCGGGCGGAAGAGGCCAUCCGCAGAAUGGAGGGUUACGCACGGGAGUCGCUGCGGCGCUACGAGAACCUGGUCGCCACGGACCCGACGAGCGUCAAGCAGACGCUCUUCACCAACGUGUUCCGCGCGGCCCAGGACGACAAUAUGGAAUUCGAAGAGAUUCUGCGCAACGCCCACACCUACAUCGUGGCCGGCAGCGACACCACCUCCAACACGCUCACCUACCUCGUGUGGGCCGUGUGCCGCCACCCCGAGGUCAAGGCCGCGCUGCUGGCCGAGCUGCGCACGCUGCCCGACGGCUUCGGCGACGCCGAGCUGCGGCCCCUGCCGUACCUCGCCCAGGUCAUCGAGGAGACCCUCCGCCUGUACACGGCUGUGCCCUCGGGCCUGCCGCGCGCCGUGCCCCCCGGCGGCGCCUACCUCGGCGGCUACUGGCUCGAUGCCGGCACGACCGUGGCCGCCCAGGCCUACACGCUGCACCGCGACCCCGACGUGUUCCCCGACCCGGAGCGCUUCGACCCCGCGCGCUGGGCCGCGCCGACCAGGGCCAUGAAGGACUCGCUCAUGGCGUGGGGCGGCGGGUCGCGCAUCUGCAUCGGCCUGCACCUGGCGCGCAUCGAGCUGCGCCUCGCCACGGCGCGCUUCUUCCUCGCCUUCCCCAACGCCAAGGUCGCGCGCAGCAUGGGCAUGACGGACGAGGAAAUGGAGCCGCUGAUGUAUUUCCUCUCGUUGCCGUCCGGCCACCGCUGCUUGAUCCAGGCUGAGUGA